AUGAAUACGAACGAUAAAUUCAACAGACGAAACGACGAGAAUGACGACACACCAAUUGGAGAGGCGAACGUGUUCGCAAGGAGCGGUAUGCUUCAGAGAUCACCAGCGCGGACGACCACAACGAACUCUGGAAAUAACACUCCCUUCCUCUUCCCUAAUAAAAGUCGGUUGGUCGGUGUGCCCGCUGUAGAUUGUGCUUCGCGGGUGGAGAGAUGCUUCAACUGCAUGGGCUUUGGACAUCAGGCAAGAAACUGCACAGGUCCCGACAGUUCUGACCUGUGCAGGAAAUGCGGCGAGAAAGGGGAUGUUGCGAAAAACUGCACGAAGCAACCGAGAUGCCUGCUCUGCAAAUUGAAGGACGGUAGCGGCCAUGCGACAGGAGGCUUCAAGUGUCGCUCGUACAAGACGGCGUUGGCAGAUUCGCUGUGA